AUGGCGGGGCAGGGCAGCACCGAGGCGAGGCCGCCGCAGCCCCCCCCCAGGCCGGACCCCCGAGAGCGAGGGCCGGGCCCGCCCCCCGCGGCCGCCGCCAUACUGCGGGGCGACCCAAACUUGUUACUCGCGGGCACCAACUCCUCCCGCUGCCGCCGCCGCUGCUGCUCCUCCUCCUCCUCCCGCCGCCGCCCUGCCCCUCCGCCGCGGGGAGGAGGGCGCUGCGCCGGCUCAGCCCCAGCCGCGGGGAAGGCGCCGAGGCGGGCGGGGGCCUUGCGAGGGCAGCGCCGCAGCCCCCCGCAGCUGUCAGGAGAGUUUAAUUCGGGUCUCGGCGGAGGUGCCCGGUUUGCAAGUAGUGCCUGCUGGAGGUGGUGUGAUUACUCCAGGGAGAAGGUGGAAAUGCCUCACAUCACUCAGCUGUCCUCCUGCUGAUUAAGGAGUGUUGCUGCCCAAGAUGCCUUUAGGAGGUAGGCAAUUAUUUUCAGACAGAGAGAUGUUAACCAAGAACUGGAGCCUUAUGGGAGGAAGGGGUAGCAGAGCUGGAGAGGGAGGGGGGCCACUCCCAAAGCAUGCAGCGUUUCUUUUGCCGCUUCUCAGUAUUAAUCUCUUUA